AUGUUCCUCACUGCCAUUCUAUUGUCUUUGAUCAAAGCUGUUUCUUCAUUUGUUAUUGGUACGGGUGUAGUACCCAUAGGCUGCGGUCCAGCUUGUGAGAUUGGUACAUGGUCAGAAUGGACAAGACCUUGCACCAUAAUCGUACCGCCGCCUCCACCGCAACCACAGUGGAGUAACUGGGGUCCUUGGAGUUCUUGUAGUGCAUCCUGUGGUGGUGGUGUAUCUUAUCGAGUUCGGUUAUGCAAAGACCCAUGCAAUACUUGCUGUGUUGGAGUAGCGACAGAAAGUAGCACAUGUAAUACACAACCCUGCUGCGAAUGGAGCUCGGUAAGUUUAGAGCUUUUUUAUAACUAUAUAAAAAGUGAUGAUAAAUUAUUCAAGUGGUCACCGUGGUCACAGUGUAGUGUCACGUGCGGAACAGGAGGCACCACCUACCGUACAAGGCAGUGUAGUUGCGUGGAAGGAGUAAGUCGUUUUGCAUAG